AUGGUACUAUUCCUCGAGGACGAGGCGUUGUUCGCUUCAUUGGACCGACAUCGUUCGCUAAGAAUUGGAAAACGGGUCGGCCUGGAGUUGUGCGAACCCAGUGGCAAGAACGACGACUCUGUCAACGGUACCCAUUACGUUACAUGCAAGAUUGACUACGGCGUACUCAUUCAGCAGAGUCAAAUCAGAGGAGUUCACGGUUUAGAGCUCGAUGCAAGUCCUCGCACGUGCCGGAGCCUUCACAUCCACAAAUCGUCCGACUGUGGGACAUCAAGCGCUACUACCUCUGCGUCACGCGCGUCUCCACCAAACGGUACUGCUCCUAGAAUAUCAUCAGCACUGAAUUUGCCACCCCGACAGGCCUCACCACCGUCUAGGGCUGCCUCUCCCAUGGGAAGGACCUGCCAAUUCACAAGAACUUCAACAACUGCGAGCCAAUGCUCGUGGACUGCAUUGUGCAUUUCUCAGAUCUGGGACGCGAAGGAUGAUAUGGAGUGA